AUGUCUGCCAUGGCGCCUCCGGCCAAGAGGAAAUUUCAUUCGAGCCUGGACUCCGAGCCUCCACUGUUUGUGGCAUAUGACGAUUAUCUGGCAAUGCACAAGCACGUAAUUGUUCUAACCGACAUUAUCCAACAAAUCCGAGAUGGACAACUUGGACCUCCUGUCUCAGCUCUUUCUGAAGUAUUUGUCGAUGCCGUCUCUACUCCCGCUCCCUCUUCCUCUACCAAAUCGUUCGCCAAUGCUGUCCUGUCCUCCAUGACUACCUCUGCUGAGCGUACUUCAGCUCCAGUCGACCCUUCUGAAAUCGCUAAGCAGGCUUAUCAACUCUUGGAAAAGUCUACUAGAGCGGUGAUCGAACGUGCCCCUGAUGAUAAAUCCCCAAAUCAAGAUCAAAAAGACUCUGAACUCAUUGCCGCCAUCGCUAAUAAGCACUCGCUUCCAAUCCCAUCACAGGUGUAUCGUCACGUUUGCUCUUCUCGUUUCCGUCCUCUCAAAUUGCAGUUCUCCUCCAAAUCCGAACGUGACACCUUCCUCAAAGGAUUCAAUAAGAUCAAGAACGACGAGCCACUCCUGAACACCAUCGAGCCCAAACUCAGAGCCCGCCGUGACCUGGCCCGUUCCGAACUCGAAACCCUUCGUGCAUCCAGAAAGUUCGUAUACGAUGAGAACCUGAAGGCGAAGACCACCAAGUACAUUAUGCAAGAUAUCCACUACAAGCUCAAUGAUAAGCCACGUACUUUUGUGUAA